GCUGGUGACGGAGAUCAGCGCAUCCAACCCCGAAUGCGAGAUAGACAUUGUUUGCUGGUGGCUCGGCAACGAGGUGUGCGGAGAUUAUGGGUGCCUCCCGCCGUUGGAAGCUAUGGGAACGGCAUGGCGCCCGAGCACCCUCAACAGCGUCGAGUAUGUCACGGCCCGUAUCCGCAACGGGAUCGAGAUUUUGGCUGCCCUCGCGGGCAUGCCUCAGGUCUCUGCCGUGCACAUGCACAGCAACCCGGCAUCCUACAUCUACAACUUGCAUCCGGAGUACAAUGUGGUGAUGACGCAAGCCCUCAACGAGGCUGACUCAAGAGGACUCACAACGGUUUGCAUCGAUGCCUUGGCACAGUUCUUGGUGUUCCAAGACGGCUAUCACGCCCGGGACACAUAUGAGAACCGGGCACACUUCUCAAGGUAUCUCAUCAACACACUGCUGCUCCUUGACAGAGAAGUAGAAACUCAGCGCAUCGGGGCGGAGAUGACGGCCACAAUCAAGAGGUGGGAGAGGGCUGACAGGAACAUCCCCACGGCCCACUGGAAGAUCGAACAGAGGCGUGCCGAGAUCAAGCGGGACAUGCAGAGGGAUCUCGCCGAGGGCGAUUUGGACUUCGAGGCACCAUUCAUCCUCCCCGACACCGAGCUUGUUCCCGUGGAAAACGACGGGGAGACCAACUUCGUCGCCGCCGGAGAGACAGUUGAUGAGGCGCUCGAUAUGAUCGAGGCGCUGCGCGAGGUGGAGCCUGAGGCCGAGCCCGCUGCUAGCUCCCCGCGAGGGGAUGCCUCCAACUUGGAACGCACCGGCGAAGGCGAGGACCUCAUCAUCGAGGAGAUGUAUGGCGCUCCACCAACCGAAGAGGAAGUGGUCCUGGAGGCAGCAAGAGAGACGUUCAGUUUCCGAGGUGGAAACUUUGUCCUGCAUGAAAUGCCCCAGGACACGCUGCAGAAGCCACAAAAGCGCCUUUGGUUCCAUCAUGGAGAUUUGCUCUUCUUCACGGGGCUUGUUCGAGGGAACUUCACGAAAGACUUCCCCGAGCUCAAGCAUGAUGAAGGUCUCUGGGUCAGCAUUGAGAAAUGCCUGGAUAUCUUCAACAAGGCCCGCAAACAUCAUUGGGGCAUCCGACAAGUGAUCCAGAUGGUGGCAGAAGACCGAAAAGGCAGGCUGGAGAUGAGGGGGAUAGACAUCAAGAGGAAAGAAGCCAUCAACCAGGCCUACUUCCCCGUGAUCAUCCGUGCCACGCAAAGCCAUAACGCUGCCAUCGCCAAGAACCCCGACACUGAUGUUGCGAUUGCAUCCGCCUACUACUCCCUCCUGGACAAGUCGGAGGCCGACUCGGCAGCCACCCGCGAGGGUGUGCCUAUCGUCUGUUACGAGGAUGUCCCGAAGAUCCUCUACCACCGGACGAGUCGAGACAGCUUCCAAAGUAUCCUUCAGGGGGGCUUACUCGCAGGCUCCCAGAGCAGCGGCCGGAUCCACAACUAUUUCGCAACUUGCCCUGUGUCAUCGGAUGCCUAUCGAUCUGGAGUUCGAGCAUACGCACCCAUCGAGAUAAAAUGGGAUACGGAAAAGCUCCUCAAAAGCGGGUGUCUCCUUUUCACCACCCGCUCCGAGGGCGUGCUAUGCCGCGAGCCGUGCGCUCCCUCAGCGAUCAUCUCGAUCACUGACACUGUCAAGGAGGAGGUGCUCUACUCCCUGCGCCUCGAUGAUGCUCCUGAAGUUCCUAGUGGCUCCGCUGGCUUCACCUUGCCAUCGCGCAAACGGCAGCUUCCCGCAAGGGAAAGCCUACCCUCAACAGAUGCGCCAAUGGCAGAGCCAGUCGAUGAGUACGUGGAAGUGGAGGUCCAGCCAAGGACUCCGCCGGCUUCACAUAUGACGGUGGAGGACGCUGCUGCCAAUGUCCCCGAGCCGGAGAAUCCCUUCGUGAUGACGGGGCCGUCCAUCUUCCCGUGUCCUACAUGCCAAGCAGAGUGUUUUGUGGGGCAGCAUCAUUGCAUCCGCUGCCGCCACCGCCUCUCAGACUCUAAGGGAGAAGACCGGCGCUUCAUCCAAGCAGCCCAUCGCCGCAAUCGCAUCUUAGACAGAUUGGCAACUGUCGGCGUGUCGGUCCACAACAUCAGUCCCUAUGAGCUGGGAAAGCUGGCGAGGCACACGAAGGAAGAGGAACGCGGACAGAUGAGUUAUGAGGCUCAUACGAUUCGCAAAGCCAAGGACAAAGUCCAGCGGGCACUCAAAAUCAAGGGCACGAACUUCCGAAGCCUGGCAGAUCGGUUCGACAAUGACCCAACUUUCGCAGCCAGACAGGCCGAGAACGGAUUGACGCGAGCAGACAUGCGUCGUCUUCAGGUGUACGCCACCGGCUACUUGCCCGCACCUGGUCGUACCCGCCAACAGGUCAUCCUCGGAGCAGGCAGCCACGCUGACUUCCAAGCCUCCCGUUCGGAAGUCAACGCAAAGCUUGUCAUUUACGACGGCAUUGCCCUCGAGGAGCUGAAGGCCCUGAACUUGGCGGAUGAUGAAAUGACCGUCAACAUGGGUGUGGGCUGGCACGGCACCUUUAUGGACGUGCCCACAUUUGCUGGUUUGACCCUCGGCAACGAGGAUGCCCGCAAGGUGCUGACCUUUCAAGGCUUGGUCAGCUUGCAGGCCGCUAACCUCGAUGACCUGAAGACCGAGAUUCGCGAUCUGAUCUUGGCUAAUUAUGCACCUGCUCAGGCCAAGGUCCGAAGUGAUCAGCCAGCCCGUGCACGUCAGUCCGAGAUUUCAAAAGCCAAAUCAAAAGCUGCUCCCGCUGCUCCAACCCAGCGCUGGACGGAUGCAGACUGGGAGCGUUGGCAGUAUGGAGGCUACUACGGCCGCAACUGGUAUUCGGCUGCUGAAUGGCGCCGAUACUGGGGUCAGUGA